GAGGGACCGGCGAGCGAAGCAAUCGAAGGGCGGAGUGUCGAGUUCCGGCGUUGCGGUGAGGCGGCCAAGGUCGACGAGCUUCGGGGCGCGCGAGUGGCAGCCAUGGGUCACCUCCAAUCCAAGGAGCAAAAGCAUGUACAUGUGAAAGCGAUCAUCGACAGGGUGUUCGAUCAUUUCUGUGCGCACAGUGGGACGGACACGCUAACUUUCCAUGAGCUCUACACUGCCAUUCUUCUUGUUUACAAUGACAUCAACAAGAAAAUACCCGGACCACAUCAUGAUCCACCAGCCAGGGAAGAGGUGCAAGAAAUUUUGAAGACUUUCGAUACGAAUCAAAACGGAGUUCUGGAUAGGGAAGAAUUUGCGGCUUUUCUUGAGAAAUUUACCUCGGACUUAUACGUCGGUAUCAGUAAAAAUGUACUCAUUUUCUCCAUAGGCGCACCAGUCUUGGCAAUGGUGGCCAAAAGAGCCACUGAACAGCUCCCCACGGUUGGUCCAGUGGUGAAACGCGUUCCCAACUUCGUAUAUGCCACCCUCAUCACCACGGCUGUGGCCUUCUUAGGACACUCUAAGGAAUUAGAGUGAAGCCGGCAAUUUUGCAGAGAUUGUCUAAUAGCUAUGAAAUCCGUGUAGCGUAUCUCUCACCCAAAGCUAAUAAAAUUUAGCUAGCUCACUUCUUUUGU